AUGAUCUUUGACAGGGCGACGAGCGCGUGGAAUAGGGCAAGCAGUGAGACCAUCACUCUGCGAAGAACAGCUGUUCGGGUUGCCGCCGUCUCUGGUCAAUUGGGCUGCGAUGUUUCGACUAUAGAACUCGAGAACGGACUGGUAUGA